AUGGAACAUUUCCUCCAUCUUCUUUGCAAAACCCUACCCUUCCAUAUAUAUUCCGCAACUUCUCCAUCCAUCCCACACUUUCCAUCAUUUUCCCGAGAAAAAAAGAUUAAUCAAGGGAAAGGACCCUUUCCCCCCUUUUGUUCUUCCCCUCACUCAUCAGCAACCACGGCGUACAGGACGGAGCUGGGAUCGGAUCAAACCUCUCCCCAGAGGAAAUCUGGGAGAGGAAAGAUCGAAAUCAAGCGGAUCGAGAACACGACGAACCGUCAGGUCACCUUCUGCAAACGCAGAAACGGCCUUCUCAAGAAAGCCUAUGAACUCUCCGUUCUCUGCGACGUCGAGGUCGCUCUCCUCGUCUUCUCCGCCCGCGGCCGCCUCUACGAGUACUCCAACCACAGUGUAAAAGCGACAAUAGAGAGGUACAAGAAGGCCGUGUCGGAUGAUUCUGACGGGGGAUCGGUCUCCGAAAUCAAUACCCAGUACUAUAAGCAAGAAUCAGCGAAAUUGCGUCAACAAAUUCUUGGUAUACAGAAAUCGAACAGGCAAAUGUUGGGCGAGACAAUAGCUUCAAUGACUCCAAAAGAGCUCAGGAAUUUAGAAACCAAACUAGAGACAGGAAUUAGUCGAAUCCGAUCCAAAAAGAAUGAGAUGUUGUCCGCCGAAAUAGAGCACAUGCGGAAAAGGGAAGUUGAUCUGUACAACGAUAACAACCUUCUCCUCGCCAAGGUAGCUGAAAAUGAGAGGAACCAUCUGAGCAUGAUGAGUAUGAUCAUGCCGGGAAUGGGAGGAUCGAACUACAACGAGGGGCGAUCUCAGCCGUUGGAUUCUCGAGGUUAUUUCCAUGUCGCGGCUUUACAACCAAACCACCAUCAUUUCUCCGACAAGCAAGACCUCACUCCCCUUCAGCUAGUGUGAUAUUGGCCCCAAUGGUUAAAGAACGCGAAUAAUGGCAAUAAAGAAGAUGGAGCUAUAUGUAUAAGUGUAGGAGAGGGCAUAUAUAUAUAUAUAUAUAUAUAUAUA